AUGGUUUCAUCCCUUACUUCACUUUGUCCAAAGAAAGUUGAAGACAAAUCAGUGUUGUACAAUGCAUCAAUUUGCGAAAACUAUGAAAGCAAUUGUCUCAAUGUCAAAGACAUGCCUUCAAGCAGUGUUUUUAUCACAAAAAAUGGCAGAAAAAUUCCAAUUUUUAUGAUGUCGAAAAUCCCUACGAAGAAACGUUCACCGGUGGUGUAUGUGAGGAUGAAAUCUGCGAGGUUGACACCGAUGGAAAAGUUUUGGAAACAACUUCUUAACGAGUUGAAUGAACAUGAAGUGAAGCUAAGUGAGUCGUCAUCAGAAGAAGAAGAUAUUUUAUUGUUUGACAAUAAGAACAAUUUCAUAGCAGAUAAUGAAAUUGGUCUUGGAUGCAUUCUUCUUAAUCCAGAUUGUCGCUCUACAUAG